AUGGCCAAGAGGGGGAUCGACAACGCACCAUGGCAUCUCCGCUGCCAAGUAGAGGUGGCUAUAAAAUGCCCAGAAUAUGGGAGAGGGAAGCGAGCAGGAAGAACUAAAGACGACCGCAACCCAAAGAAUGCGAUGGAGAGGGGGGAGGAUCGGAAGUGGGCCCUGAUCCAUGCGGGUGACCCAUGGAUGGCAACAAUUGAAAUUUGGGCGGCGGAGGAAGACGGAAAAGCCUCAGAGGAAAUCCUGGCUGGGCAUCCUUGGCACGACUUUCCUCCGGAACGUUUACAAGAUGGACCAGAUAAUCCAGACAGUCCAGAUAGUCCAGAUAGAUUAGACGGUUAG